AUGGGGAAGCUGAGCAAAGAUAGGAGAGACAUCUACUACCGGAAGGCCAAGGAAAAUGGGUACCGAGCGAGGAGCUCCUUCAAGCUAAUCCAGAUAAACGAAAAGUUUGGAAUUUUCAAAUUAUUUGACCCCAAAAAUUAUUGGGAAAAGGACAUGGAUAAAAUAAGGAACAUAUACAAUGAACACUUCUGCUACAAUAUAGUCGACUUGUGCGCAGCCCCUGGCAGCUGGUCGCAGGUGCUGAAAAAUAUUUGCCUGUACAACUACUACCAGAUGCUCCACUGGGUAAACACAAACGAGGGUAAUCCACCCAAUUGUGAUGAACACGAAAAGUUUUUAAACAACUUUUCUCUUUACGUCAAUUUUAACGAUGAGCUAGAGAAGAGGAUAGAAAACCUGCCCAAAAAGGAGUUUGUGAAGAAGCCAAAAAUUAUAGCUGUAGAUUUACAAGAAAUAGGAAAUAUGAAAUAUGUGCAGAUUAUACAAGGGGAUAUAACCAAGGCGUCCACUGUGCAUGAGAUUUUACGAUGCAUGAAGGAGGGGGAAGUAGGAAACGGCAUGGGUGAUGGUACCGUCCAGGGGAUUGAUCAACUAAAUGGGCAAAACGCAGAAAGGAAAAACUUCCCAACUUACGCACACGCUGUUGUGAAUGACGGGGCGCCAGACAUAACGGGCAUGAAUGACAUAGACGAAUUUAUUCAGUCCCAACUCAUUUUAUCCAGUUUAAAAGUAUGCUGCUCCGUUUUAAAAAUCGGAGGAAAUUUUAUAAGUAAAAUAUUUAGAGGUGAACAUACUGGUCUGCUCAUUCUACAUUUGAAUAAAUUCUUCGAAAGAGUUUAUGUGUGUAAACCGCAGAGCAGUCGGAAUAAAAGUUUGGAAUCCUUCCUCGUUUGUUUGAACUUCUCUUUGCCGCUGUGCAAGAUUACAGCGCUGAGUCAUCAUACAGGGGGGAAGAAGUUUAAUCUUCAAAAUAUGCCUGAAGAAGAACUUCGAAAAAUGCAUGCAAAGUUAAUUACUGAGAAGGACAAUGAGGGAGAAAUUCGCAAAAGAGGCAAAUCCUUCAGCAGGGAGGAAAAAAGAGAUGAUACAACAAGUGGGGAGGAAUUAUCCGCCGAUACGAGUGGUGAGGAUAGCCAAGUUGAAUCGGAGGGGAACAAAGAAGAUGACGGAAAAGAUGAAAACGAGUUUGCACACAUAAGUGAAUGCACCAGUGAUGAUGCUGAAGGGGGAAACAUAUUAAAGGGAGAUGGACGGAAGGACUACAACCUUGAACGCGGUGAUACACUGAUGGGGGAAAAAUCUCGAAGUAAAAACUUUGCCCACAAAAAUGUGGACAUAUUCAAUUUUUACUGCUCCGAUAGCGACGAAGAGAUAAAGUAUUUCAAUUCAGACGAUGAAGAAAUUGUAAAUGAGUACAUUGCGUCGGAAGUUUUUAUGAAUGACAAACUGUUUUCCUUUGUCGCUACGCAGAAUUAUUACGACUCGGAUAAGUCCUACUUGCUUCCGCAGAAUUACGUUCGGCAUGAGCCCCAACUUAUGCCGCUGCAGCCCCCCUAUUUGUUGUCUUUACAGAAGAAAAGGCAAGAGGGGAAGAAGCCACAAUGA